UUCAGCAGAGCUCUCUUCCGUUCAGUGUAGAAGUGAAAAAACAGAGCAAAUGGCAAUAUCUCAUCUUCUUUCUCCAUUACCAUCUCUAACCGGAAACCUAACCCGAACCGGUCGUUCUUCGUCUUCUCUCCCUCUAAACCCUAAUCCCCACUUCCCAAAACCAAGACUUUCAAGGGAAAGAGCCACCACACUCGUCCUCCGGUCCAAGGGAGACGACUCCGUGGACGCAUCCGAUCGUCUCAUCUCAGCAGUCUGUUACUUCUACCCGUUCUUCGACGGGAUCCAGUACGGUAAAUUCAUCAUCACGCAAUACCAACCUUUCCAGAUUCUCAUCCAACCUCUGUUUCCCGCCAUCAAGGCCUUCAAGAGCUUCCCUUUCAACGGCUUCCUCAUCUUCAUCACUCUCUACUUCGUGGUCGUCAGGAACCAGAACUUCAGCAGGUACGUUAGGUUCAACACGAUGCAGGCCAUCGUCCUCGACGUGCUGUUGAUCUUCCCGGAUUUGCUCGAGAGGAGCUUCAACCCCAGAGAUGGGUUUGGUCUGGAUGUGGUGAUGAGUCUGGACAGCACUGUGUUCCUCUUCUUGCUUGUCUCUUUGAUCUAUGGUUUCUCUGCUUGCUUGUUUGGUCUGAUCCCUAGGUUGCCCAUUGUCGCUGAUGCUGCUGAUAGGCAAGUCCUUUGAACAAACAACAUACAGUAUAUGUAUAUGUGAUUGAACUUUCUCUGUAUUGGAUCUGUUUCUGAUAAUGUAACUUUUUUAUCAAUGAAAGGUUUUUGAUAUAACAA